AUGGCUACCACCUCUGUAUCCACCCCUCUCAAGAGCCAUCAUGGGCUAUUCUCAGCAAAGACGGCUGGUGGCCGCAUGCCUCUCACUCCAUCUCCCAGAGCGAGAACGACAAGUGUAGCCACCAACGGCUCUUCAACCUCUCCGUUCACUCCUCCCCGAAAGGACCAAUCUAUUCACAAAUCCGAAACCUCCACCUUAUUCGCUCGAUCCGUAUCACGAUCAGUUUCCAAAUUCGCCUAUGCCAAUUCUCCCAAGUCUAAUAUUGCCAAGGGAAGAACGUCUCCCAAGCAACUCGACCUAGGUGUCUCGGAGUGGACACUGACUGGAACUGGGCCCGCAUCGACCAGCACACCCUCAAGAGAAAAGUCAAGAAAGGACAACGCAUUGAGAUCAAGGGUGGGCAAGACUACUAUCAGAAUCCCUCACAACACUGCAGACCGUUUCAUUCCCAACCGUACCGCCAGUACAGGUCUGAACACUACCGGGUCAGGUAAAUCGGAUGAGAAUACUCGACCAAGAACUGCUGGUGCCGAUGGCUCGACUGUGCUUGCUAAUGCCGCCAGUGCCUUCGAUAUCUCUGCGCGAGGAGCGGACGCGGACAUCACCACGGCGUUGGAAAGUCUUGGUUUGGAGGAUGACAACAUCAGCUCAUCAUAUGCGCGACCCAACUCUGAUUCAUCAGCAUACGAGUCUUCCUUAGCCUCAGCUUGUGGGAUCUCGACAAGUCAACGCAUCCUGGAGUUCAAGCCAGCACCCCCUGAGUCAUCCAAGCCAAUUGAUCUCCGAUCUCAAUACAAUCGUCCAUUGAAGCAGGCCAACACUCAAUCUGCUCAAUUCCGUCGACGGAUCCAGUCGGCACCUGAACGGGUGCUGGACGCACCUGGACUUGUCGAUGACUACUAUCUGAACUUGCUCGACUGGAGCUCUGGCAACCAGGUGGCAAUUGGUCUGGAACGCAAUGUGUACGUGUGGUCUGCCGAGAGUGGUACAGUCAGUUGUCUCUUGGAGACAUCACCCGAUACCUACAUUAGCAGUGUCAAGUGGUCGGGGGAUGGAGCAUAUGUUGGCGUUGGUCUCGGCUCCGGUGAGGUUCAAAUCUGGGACGUGGAAGAGGGCACCAAGCUCCGAAGCAUGUUCGGACAUGACACUCGUGUGGGUGUGAUGGGAUGGAACAAGCACACAUUGUCGACUGGAGCACGCAGUGGGUUGGUGUUCAACCAUGACGUCCGGGUCCAGGAACACAAAAUCGCGGAGCUUGUGUCGCACACAUCCGAGGUGUGCGGAUUAGAGUGGCGCUCGGAUGGCGCUCAACUGGCUACUGGCGGAAAUGAUAACCUAGUGACCAUCUGGGACGCCCGUUCCUUGGCCGCACCGAAAUUUGCGAAGAAGAAUCACAAAGCGGCCGUCAAAGCUCUUAGUUGGUGCCCUUGGCAGUUGAACCUCCUGGCGACUGGUGGAGGAUCCAACGAUCGAAACAUUCACUUCUGGAACACGACGACAGGCGCUCGGAUCAACAGCAUUGACACUGGAUCACAAGUGACGAGUCUGAAGUGGAGCAAUCACUACCGUGAGUUGGUGAGCUCCAGCGGCUUCCCAGAUAACUCACUGAGCAUCUGGAGCUAUCCUACGUUGGUGCGCAAUGUGGAGAUUCCGGCACACGAGUCGCGGGUUCUUCACAGCUGUCUGAGCCCAGACGGACAAAUGCUCGCAACGGCUGCUGCGGAUGAAAGCUUGAAGUUUUGGAAGGUGUUCGAACGGAAAGCAGGCAUGAGCGCGGCAGCGUCAAGGGAAGGCGGCGUAGGCAAAAACGGGCAGAUGGCCAAGCAGAUGACAAUCCGAUGA